AGUACGAGAACGAAUAUGAAAUCUGUUUUGUUUGACUCUCGCUCGAAGCUUACUCGAUGGUGUGCCAUCGGCGAUCAGCAGAAUCAGCAGCAGCAUCGCAGGACACUGGCGGGCAUUCUGCCCCAGCAGCCGCGCAGAACGCUGUGGAAAAAGGCGGCCUUGCUGGUGGUGCCCCAACAGCAGACGGAGCCACAGAGGUGGGAGCAGCCGCGUCUCCGCUUCAUGCAGUAUGAGCGGCCGCAUGAUCCGGUGAAGCGACUGGGCCUAGUCUCCGAUGAUGGCAGCAAGAUGGUGGAGCUGUCGACCAGCACGUGUGCCGCCAACGACAUGGUGACGUUUAUUCGGCAGCGCUACUGCAUGGACAGCCUGCUGGACAGACUGCAAUUCAUGCAGGUGCGGGACGUGUACAAGGAUCUGCGCCUGCUGCCCCCCAUCGAUGACCCGUGCAAGAUUCUGGUGGUGCAGAACAACUACGUCGACAACUGCGACGAACAGCACAUACCCAUACCACGUGAGCCGUCGUUUUGCGUCAAGUUCAGUAGCUCCAUUACCGGAUCGCUGGACAAUAUACGGGCCCACAGCCAGGCCAAACACAUUGACUACGGCUGCCAGCUGGUCGUGGUCAUAGGGCGAAAGUGCCGCAAGGUAAACCGCAACGCAGCCAUGAACUACGUCUUUGGGUACACGCUGGCCCAGGACAUCACCGCACGGGACUGGACCGCCCUGCUCGGCGGCAAGUCGCUGGACACCUUCUGCCCCCUGGGCCCCACCAUCGUCCACAAGACUCAUGUGCCCGACGUCAAUGAUCUGUGGAUCAAGACGCUCGUCAACGGGGAGCAGCGGCAGUCGGGACACACGCGCGAUAUGAUCUUCAAAAUUGACUAUCUCGUCCAUCGCCUGUCCCAGUUCCUGACCCUCUUUCCCGGCGACUUGAUUCUGACUGGCACCCCAGCCGGUGGCGGGGCGUAUAGGCGGCCAACAAGCUUCCUGCAGCCCGGAGAUCGCAUUGACAGUGAGAUUCAAAUUUUGGGCAAAAUGAGCAACAAAGUUGUGAAUGAUUUGAGCUAAACAAGAAUUAUGGAACCCAUUAUUCAAA